AUGCAAGGGGGAAUCGGCGGAUUGCCAGGAUUACCAAUCCCAUGGAAACCUUGGCAAUCCCUGGAAAUAUAUUAUGUUAAAAUAUUUCUUGAUGAUGAUAUUUAUGAUAAAACAACUACAUUUCAAGAUAUACUAGAAGAUAGAGUAUAUUCAAUAUUUCAUUCAACGGUUGCUGAUCUACUAUUCGAACAAAUUGAUCUAAAUACUCGUCGAACAUUAAAUGAAUUAACAAAUAGAAAAUUAUUUUAUUCAACAAUACAAAAUGAUACACAAAUACAUUUACAUCAUCAUUCAAUAUCAGCAUCAUCAACAAUAACAACUGUUGAAAAUCUUAACGAAGAAAAUAUUCGUACACCAUUGCCUUACAAAAAGAAGAACAUAUACAGAGUGUUUGUUAAUAGUCUUUGUAUUGAAUCUGUUAAAAGUUCAUCUCCUUCUUCUUCUGAACAAUCUCUUGUUCAUUUAACUAUUCGGCAAUCUUUACGACAACAAUCAUUAUUUGUUUUAAAUAAUGGUUAUAUGGAAAGAAGUACACAAAACUUAACAUCAUCAAAUAUAAAUACAUCAAUCACAACAAAAAAUUCCUCAAAGUCAACAACUUCUUAUUGUUUAAAAACAAAUGAUGAAUUUAGUGGAACAACUAAAAGGCAAUAG